GUCUGGCCACACCGCCACAGAGCGAGAAGCAAAUCCGGGGAUCUAUUCCUAGAUAUCGAAGAGAGACACGAACUGGAGACAUGGCCGACGUGAAAACACAACUACAACAAUAUAAAGAUGACAGCGAUACUAUAACUGUGGCAGCUGUGGUUGCUGUGAUUGGGCUUGUCGUGUUUUGCUUCAGUACAGUGGCUCUGUUCCUCUGGCUUAGGAAAGAACGGCUCCGGACAAAAAUGUAUCAGUCCAAACCCCUGCGUAAACGUGGAAAUGGGCAACAGACCGUUACCCAACACCCCCGCCCCGACUGGACAAACCACCAGGGCGAAAACAAUUACAGUUGACGCUCCACGGACAGACGGGGGCCGGAGACGUAACAACAGCAACAACAACAGCAACAACAACAUCUACAACAACGACAACGACGACGAUGAUCACUACUACGAAAUACCGAUAAUGUCACCGGUGUCAGCUCCCACACAGAAAGGUAAUGAUAAUUAUAGUUGGUCAGUCAGUGUCUGAUGACGACCAAUGUACAUGGAGAGGAGAAUAAUCUUUUUAAAGCGAAAUAGAAGAAAUUAGGAUUAAGAUGGCUUGUGGCUUCUUCUAAUAGGGCCAAUGAGAUCAAUUCUGAUACAGAGGUGUUUGCCACAUUUUGAGCAUCUUACUUACUUUUACUUUUUUCUUCCUCUUGUACCGGUGGGUGUCGCGGGGAGACACAGACGUUUGUCUGCAGCAAAGCGAGUGGCAUGUAGGAGGGACAUUCCAUGAGCAUCUAAAAAUCUUUAUUUCCACCCGUGGAGGCUUCUGUCUUGGCCACAGUAUUUCUCAUUUAUUGUGAAGCCUCGUACGAUCUCCUGCCCUCUCUGAUGGCUGCUCUACAGCUCUGGGUCUGCCAGGAGGCAGUCUCUCCCAAAUACAAACAGGUAAAGGCGAAAGGAUCGUAUGACGUUUAUUUGUAUGACAUUUGAGAUUGUGGUAAAUAUCGCUGCCACUAAUAAUAAUAGAAUUCAGGUAACAAAAAAUAUUGAGUCUAUAAAAUAUGGAUUUUAAAUGAACGGUACGUGUUUAUACGUCCCAUCGGUAGGCCUACAGUUUAGAUCAUUUAGGAAGCGGGCUUCCGACCCUGUCCG